GUUUCUGUUUACCCCCAAUUCUCACAUGAGACGAAACACCAAAAUCGACUAUGUAAAAGACCUGCUAAAUUACUCACGGCCAAGAAAACUGAAGAGAUGAACUCGAAAUGCCGUCACCUGUCUCUGUCAACAAUGCAACCGGGCCCUCUCCUUCUCCUCCGGCUCCGAGUCCGGCCCAGACUCAGCCUCCACCUCAGCCCGGCGCAUCGGGGGCCGGAUCCGCUGCGCCUCCGACCACGCGCCCGGGCCUUCCGGACCGCAGCGUUUCCGAGAACACGGUAGAAGAUGCUUACGUUGACUUUAUUCUCGUUUGUAACCCGGCAGUACCGCUCUCUACAGACACGACAAGUCUGAGAGAAGCAUUCCGUAAUCCUCCUCGCAGUGGCGGCAAGUCCUUCAGCACAUUCGCCAUCUAUGACCUCGUCCGCAAGUUUUACAACAGUGAGAUCCGAACAUGGACAGAAUUGACUACUAAGCUUGGUGUUGAGCCUCCAGACCCAAACAAGGAGGAGAGCGCCCAAAAAGUUGCACAGUAUGGCGUGAGGUUAAAGGUAUGUGAUAAGUGGAUGAAUUCCAUGCACGUCAAGGCAUUUUUCGAGUAUCUUAUGGACAUCCCGAAUGAUUACUGGACAAGGGUCCCUACGGACAGUAACCCUACGAGCCAGCCUAUCCGCGAUGGUGUGGCUAUCGAGGAUGACAUGGCUCUGAGGGCUCUUUUCCCACACAUACGGCCAAAGAGAGGUAGAAAACGUCCCGUCGACGAUGACACAGCCACUUCUCCCGCUCAGAGAUCUCACCUCGCACCGUCAUCAGCUGUUGAGACCGUAAGCGGUCCUGUGUCAAUGUCAUUGUCAGCAGAUCCCACCAGGCUAAGCGCUGCACCGUGGACUCCGAGUGAUGCUUCUCAGCAGACGCCGCUAUUUCGGUGGCCGCAGUCUGCUAUUACGCCGAACUCGAGAAAGUCUUUCUGGGAUGAUGCUCUUGAACCACAGUCUGCUGUUACACCGUCGAAGCCGAGACUUACGUCGCAGCGGAGAGGUCCUAAGAAUGUGUCUUCUGCUUGGAGACCCGGAGUUUCCAACGGUGGUGUCAAACCCAGAGGACGGCCACCGAUGAACAGAACUCCUAUAGAUGUUUCUCUGCCUCCAUUCUCCAUCACAACUCCCGCAACGGCUCCUGAGGAACCCGUAGCCCCCAUUUGUACUCCGCCAGUCUCAGCUCCAGGGGCAGACAGUGGACAGUCAGAGAAUAUUUUCUCGAUCCCCUCGAUAACAUCAAAGCCGCAUCCUGCCCCUGCCCCUGCUCCGCCGAGGCCUUCUCGCCCGAGUAUAUCUUUACAAGUUCCCGAGCGACCAUCGGGCAGUGUUAGACUUGCAACUCCUCCGCCAGUCGUGGUCAUCAAUGGUCCCAGUGAAGCUCAAGCUCCUUAUCCGCAUACAUACGUCGGAACAUCAUCAAAUUUUGCAAGAGCUACGAACGAAGUUACUACGUCACGCCAGCAGCAAGCUGAGGAAACAAUGUCACAACAAAAGGAUGUUCCAAGGUUAUAUUUCGAAAGGCUUGAAGAACGGACGAAUGUGGAUGAGGUUAUCGGUUAUAUGAUGCGCAGUGUCUUCGGGGCAAAUUGGCUUGAUGCUGAAGGAAAUCCAACACACACAUGCUCAAUGACUGAAGCCAUGGCGAUCGUCAACUCGGUUCUCGAAGACUUGUACAGAAAGGCGGCAUCACCGGACAUGUUUCUGAUCAACCUAGCUGCCAUGACAGGAGGCGGGUACCUCCUAGCUGGAACGACGAAGCUCAAACGCGUUGGCGUGCAAGACGGUACGAUGAAGUAUACCUGUGAAUGGAUAUAUGGUCUAGGUCAUCUCAGGGGUCAAUAUCAGAUGGAAAUUGCUGUACCGGUAGAGAUGCUUGAGGAUUCUAAAGAGCCGAGUCCCGAAGCUACGUCUGCGGAAUCAGCGUCGAAAUUAUCUGCGGAUGAGUGGCAGGCCAAAUAUGAGAAGUUACUUGAAGAGUUGGACAAGAAGGACAAGACAUUUAUGGAUCUGAGGAUGAAGGUGACGGAUAUUCUGAGGGGUGUACCCAAGAAAUGAUGUUCUGUGGAAUACUGUCGAGGCAUAUAUGGUGUUGUUUCUUUUGGUUCAUACCUUGCGAGUUGGUGCAUAUUUGUAUAUGGUCGCUUAUAUUGGGUACUUAUUUACUGUGAAUAAGAUUUGGUUGCCUUAGAAAUCGAGAUUCAAGUAGCGGUGAAUGUGAACCUCGAUACAAUGCAGUUAUGUGCAUUCUGGGCACACAUAAUGUAAGAUGGUGUCACAGAACAUUAACA